ACUGGCACACAAGGAUAACAGGGACUAUAAGAGGCUGCAUUUACUAUUCGUGUAUUUUCACAUUCUGACGCUACACAGAUUUAGCCCUGCAGAGGCAAUCAGAUCAGAAUGGAUUUUUUCUUUGAGGACCUUCCAUCCACCUCCCAGUCCACUCCCAAGAAAGGUCAUGAGGAGUCACAGAUGAGAGAAGACACAACUAUGGAUUCAUCAAGAGGGAUGUCCUCAGUCGUGAGCAUGACUGACAGUCAAGAGCAAUAUAGCAGCGUCUGUUGUAGCUCCAGCAUAGAAGACAUCAGCAGAAGAGCACAGGAAAUGGUCGAGAAGAUUAACCACAGCCGCACCAGUGACCAGAAGGUGAUGGACAGCUUUGAGGAGAAGUUGCUGGACAAGGUGAGAGAGAUGUGCCAGCAGAUGAAGGGACACAUGUACACAGUCUAUGAGGAGAACAGUGAUGAGAUGCAGGUGAAGCUGCAGGAGCUUUCAGAGGUGCUGGAGAGCUGCACGAAGCUCAACAGCGAGCUGCUGGAAGCCACUCGGGCCCUGACACAUCUUAGAGAGGGUCUGGCAAUCUCCCAGAAAGAACCGUGA